AAAAAAAAAAAAAAGCCCUCUACUCACGUGCUAACCUGGCCCCGCCCCCUUCCUCGCCUCCUGCAGAAAAACUCGAAGUACAACAAGAGCGGCCAGGGGUCCCAGUGCAACCAGGCCAUCAUGCUGGUCACCGACGGCGCCCCCUACAACUUCGAGGAGAUCUUCUCGCGCUACAACUGGCCUCACCUCCAGGUUCGCAUGUUCACCUACCUGAUCGGCCGCGAGGAGACCAAGAAGAGGGACCUCAAGUGGAUGGCCUGCGCGAACAAAGGGUACUUCGUGCACGUGACCACGCUAGCGGAGGUGCGGGAACAAGUGCUGAAGUACAUACCGGUAAUGGCUCGACCGAUGGUGAUGUACCAGAACAACCACCCCCAUAUAUGGACCGGAGUGUAUGCAGAUAUAGCCGACCCCAAACAGACCGACUGGCUCUGGGAACUGCGCGAGCGAAAGAGACAGAUGGACCGGACGAACAAUUACAGAAACCUCAAGAAAAGGGUGGAGAACCGCCAGCUCCCCAACGACUAUAUCAUUCGCGAGAGUGAGAAAAUCGAGAAGUUUCUGGAAUACGGGGAAUUUGUGCUCACCCCGCGGGACGCAGCGCGGAUGAAGGCCAAGCAUAACCGGGAGGCGAGGGGUCGUCGAGGAGCGCCAGGACUGCGCGAGGGAUACAGGCUUAUGACGUCAGUUUCUGUUCCUGUUUUCGACCGCAAGAAAACCUCAAACAUCACCGAGAGAGUUUUGAUCAAUGAGGCCGUUUGGGAAAAGAGGAAGAGAGAGGUGAGGACUGCUAACUUGCUCGGCGUGGCUGGCACGGACGUUCCUAUCCGGGAGAUUGAGAAGCUGGUGCCUCCGUACAAGCUCGGUGUCAAUGGUUACUCUUUUAUGGUAAACAAAAAUGGCUACGUAUUGUAUCAUCCAGACCUUCGGCCGGUGCACGAAGAAGCAAAUGCUGAGUUCCAAGACAUCCUGAAACCCAACUACAAUAGCGUCGACUUUGCGGAGGUGGAGCUGAUCGACCACGACUCGGGUCCUCGGUCGAACAACUCGGAUUUGCUGGAGCUGACAAAGGGGAGAGAUUAUAGUACCAAGCUCCGUCGUGACCUCAUCGACCAGCGAGAACACGAGUCAAAUUUCUCCGUCAAAAUUCAUAUGGAUAACAUGAAACGUGUCGUGACGCGGCAGCAGCGGUACUUCACUCAGAGGGUAAAAGGAACGCCCUUCAGCUUGGGGAUUGCCAUGCCUAUGGGCUACGGCAAAUAUAAGGUGUACGGGCAGGUCGAGCUGUCCAGGGCGAUUCAGGAUCCCAGAGGAGUGAAAGUAACGGAUUACUUCACCUCUGGGAACUGGUCCAUCCACCCCGAUUGGGUGUACUGCGAGUACAAGUAUGACCAGAACCGCCCUGAGAUGACCCCUGAGGAGCUCAUGAUGGACUUCCUGACCCGUGCCCAGGAGCCCCGCUGGAAGUGGCGUUCCACCCGUACCCGCGCGCCCCCAGAGCCCUCCAUGACCAAACCCCAGUACAGCAGUUGGAAACCUGGUGUUGUAGAGAGCGAGAGGAAAGACAGCUAUUACUGCGACAAAGACUUGGUUCAAAGUAUGGUCUUUGAUGCUCGCGCCACCAACGUGUACACGGAGAGGACCAUCGAGGACAAGAUAGCGGACGAACAUCGUGGUGGCCAGAAUUUCGGAAUGACAACAGCUUUUGUGGCGACUCGAAGUGGGCUGACCAGGUGGGUCGACCUCACCAAGUUCAAGCCGGGAAUCAGCCCAGAGCCGUCAGAUGAACCACACAUUAUGCAAAUCCACAACCGCGCCAUCGACGAAGUGUGGUACAAGAGAGCCGUCGACUACUACGAGGAGGACCCGGAUGCUUACGUCUACUCCGUUCCCUUCGACGCCGCUGCUCAGAAUCCGGAAGAAGUUCUCGUAACCGCCACGCGCGCCAUCUUUAUCGAGGAGAACCGCCAUCGCAAGGCACCGGCAGCGGUCGUGGGCGUCACCAUCCAACACCAGAAGUUUAUUGAAUACUUCACGAAUGAGACAUAUAAGUGUCCUUCAUAUCCCUCAAGAGAUUCAAGUUGCAAGAACGCAAAAACCUGUGAGAGUGUAUAUCUUGACUGUUACCUCCUCGAUGACAAUGGUUUCAUCAUUGCAUCCGAGAAGAAUGAACACACAGGGAAGUUCUUCGGAACUCUGGAGGGUACUAUAAUGGAGUCACUGGUCCAGAGUGAAGUGUACAGGAAGGUGAAAAUCUAUGACUACCAAGCAGUGUGCUUGGAUAGCCAAACUGAGCCAAAUCCAGCUUCCAUUCUGCUGACGCCAGUGCAAAUGCUGAAAUGGACGGCCAACUGGAUCAUGAGCAACAUCUUUUGGGUGUUGGUGAAGACGCACCUCUACACCCUGUGGGACCCCAAUGAAGCCUGGGCCUACACACACGGGGCUCGUGAGGACGUCUACCCAGACAUCUCCAACCCACACAUGGAGCCAGUGGAUUACAAAGAGGUCUUUGAUGAAACCAUUGCAGAUUACAUUUCUGAUGAACCAGCACCGGAAGUUGCAAAAGAAUACCCGGCUCUUGAAGAAAAUGACCUGCCUGAUUAUGAGCCAGGAGAGGAGGGGUCAGGUGAAGCGGGGUUAGAGGAAGAGGAAGACCAAAUUCUUGAGGGUUCAGGCAUGGAGGGCUCAGGGGAGGAACCCUCACCCGACAUCAGCGAGGCAGACUUCGACGAUGGAAUAGAUGAAUCAGAACUCCUGGAAGAGAUAGAUAUAUUAUAUACAGAUUGGGCUGAUGAAGAUGAGGAAGCCUUGUACACUGAUGAUCCUGAAGACGAUCGCCAGUACUCAGAGGAUUACGAGCACCAGGCCGAGGACGGAGAUUUCCCCAGCCUUGAGCUUGCUUACAUCAAUAAGACCCAUCCCAGACCCUGUGACAAGGAAGUCGAGCUGUACAAGUUGCAAAACCACAAACUUCAAACGGAUGGGGCAUAUAAACCUGUGAAGGGGAAGCUCUCCAAUUGCCAUCCCAAUGGCUGCGGAAGGCAUUUCAGCGUACAGAAGGUUGUCUCCACCAACCUCAUUCUGGUUGCCGUCAACAACCUCUGCUCCUGUGACUCCAGAAGGGUGGAUAUUGAGCCAGUAGAGGUUGAAUAUAAUGAGACCAUGUUGUGCAACCGCCUGCUUCUCCAUCACUACCGAAAACGACCAUCAGAAUGUUUCAACUACCAUCCUGAAGAACACGAGAUCAAGCAGUGUGGAGGAGCUGGCUCUCUCACCCUUCCAUCAGCGGCCAUGUUAACACUGCUGGUGCUGGCACAUGUGUGUAAUACUCUCAAGCUCCACUCGUGAUAGUUCUGUUGACUACAGUAGCAAAGGCAUGUGGAGGAAAAAAUCAAUGGUGUUAUGUCGAAGUAGUGUUUCAUUUGCUUCGUUUAGUAUUAAUAUAUUGGUCUACAUUGUGAUCUAGGGAAGGGGAGAGAAUUUUUUGUGUAUUGAGAGCUUUUUUUAACUAGUUGUGCAAGGAUGAGUAUUUGAGAGGUUGAACUCUGAAUAUGAAUAAAUCUGUUAUAAGACCUACUUAAUACUCUCUUUAUAUAGGGGACAUUUCCUCUUUCUCGUGUGUACAUACUGUGUGAUUUUCUUAUGGAUAUACCAGAAGGUGCAGUCUGUCAGGAAACAACACUCCUAUCUUAUAAUAACCAGAGUCUGAAAAGUUUGUUUCUGAACAUAGCAGACUGAAUGUUAAGAGAUAAGGGCUUCGUUCAACCAAAAUAUAUCCUAGAGUUUUUAGAAUAUUCUUCACCAGCGAUCAAGUGCAUCCAUGACAAGAAGAGAAAGCAGAAAAUGGCAAGGCAAGAUACUGCAGUUGUUCCAGGGAAAUUCUCAAUUGGCUCUUCCCACAUGGAUGAGAACCCCUAUUUUGAACUGCUUAAGUGACCCAGUCCAGUGUUGACUUGUAAAGAAGAGACAAUACAGUUUUUUUUCUCUCUCUCACUCUGGGAGUGUAUAAGAAUGCUCCUCUUUUCCAGGCAUGACACCCCUAACCCACCUUUAGCAUAAGGUUUAAAAUUCUUCAGACUUACCUUGUGCUGCUGGACCUUACGAAGAGGGUCAGUGACACACUCUUCGGCUGGAAUGUUUAAGAGGAAAUCCUUUUUGGAAAAAGUGUUAUAAAAAGACAGCAGAGUCAAUACUGAAUUGGGAAAACGUACUUGUAAGGAAAAUAACGAUGAUGUGAGUUUUUUAUCUUUGUACAUAUAUCAAAUCAGUGAUGAUUGGUUGGUUUGUGUAAUCAUUGUGUUUCUAUGGACAAUACUAAAAUAUCAAUGCUCCUAUAUUACUAAGAUAAAUAAGAACCUAAUUAUGUUGUAAAUCCUCUCUUUAUUUUGGUCACUGUAUUUCUCUCAUCAUUUUGACACCUGAUUCAUGCUUUAUAUAGUACCAAAAAGGUCUUUUUUGCUAAUAUCAAAUCUUAUAAAAAGUAAUACUACAAACUUCAAUGAGGUAUUCAAAUGGAGAGUACUAUAUUUAUUAAAGAAUUUACUUAUAUGUAGCGUAGAUCUAUCAGAUAAUUUACUAGACAUUUUGGCUCAUAGACAAAUAGUAAUCUUCAUUUUUUUCAAGAUGAGUUCAUGCCAUUUUAUGUUUUGUGAUUAGAGUAUAGGAAUUUUUACCAAUAGGAAAUCGUAGCAAGAUUCCCAGGUGAAGAAUAUUUACCAAAAAUAAGAAUCCAUAUCAAGGGAGUGGCAUAUCACUCGGGUAAUUUACACUUGUUAUACUUUUUAUUCUUACCUCGAGAAGGUAAUAUCAACUCAAUUGUGAUGUUUUUUCUUUAUUGUUAUUAGUGGUUUAAUAUUUUUUCUUUGAUCCAAGACAUAUAAAUAUAUAUAUAGAUAUAUACAACAGUAUUAGGGGCUUGAUGCCUCAGCUGUGAUGACGUGUAAUUUCUGCUACAGUAGGACGGUCUUGUUAUCGCUUGAAUAGCAGCACAGUAUCUUUAGGGAUGUUUGUACAGCUGAUAUUGCAGCUCCAGAAGAUUUACAGAUUAAGACAUGACUCUUAAAUCUUUUAGAUGAAAUUGAAAACUUCAGUAAAGUUAAGGGUAAUACAAAUUAAGCAUUGGAGAGGGAAUGAAAAAAGAAAAGAGUGGGGGGGGGAAAUUAGUAUACUAAAUUAUUUAGACAUUAUCAAAAUGAGAUAUGGCACAAGAUUCCAAAAACCCUUUGUUUCCGAACAGAUUGAUACGUAAGUUCAUCAGCUCUUCUAACAGUCCCUGAAGAUGGUGUAUUGCUACCAUCUCUUAGUUUUCAAAGAGGCAUUGGCAUGACAAAGUUUUGUUUAGAAUUAGCAAACAUUUGGUAUCACAUUUAUUACACUUAAAAGAAAGAUACUAUUAGAUUGAAGGUUAAUAAUUUUCAGAUAUGUAAAUAUUCAUCAUGAUGUGCUAUACAUGUACUGUUGUAGUCGCAUGGUAAACUGGAGUCCAUAAUUCGAAACUAGAAGAUAUUUAAGGAUAUUUAAAAAAAAGAAUCAAGAUGGUUUUAUUCCAUGUGGAUAAUUACAUACUCUUUAGUAACCCAUUGUACAUGUAAAUUACUGUACGGUAUUGUUUUUCUGAUCUUAUAACUUGUACUUGUUGUCAAGUUUCUACUGGAUGAUAGCCCGGUUGCAGGAGAAUUGCAUAUACAUAUUCAGCAAGAAGAGUAACGGAAUUCACACUGAGUCAUCUUUUAAAACAGUCACAGGCAGCUCAGACUCCUGGUUUGGUCGAUCCACAUUCAUGCUCACCGAAGAGAACUUGAAUGCCAUUAUUCUUCCCAUAGAGAUAUGUUAUGCUCUUUUCUCUACCUGUUGUGGAUUGCAGAUAAAUGUAGUUGCAUUAUGAGAGAAAAUUAUUCAGUUAUGUUCAUCGGGUCGAUGAUCCGAUGUGAAAUUAGGGCAAAUAAUUCAAGCUUCGCUGCAGUUUUAGGUCAAAUGGCCAUUAGAGAUUAAAAAAAAAAAUGUUGAAUCUUGCCAAGGUGAAAGAUGGCAUUUUAACUGGUAAUCAUAAACGUUCAUUAAGUAUUUUGCUUAAGAUCUGCAGCCAAGUGUCUUUCAAUUGAUAAUGUGUACAUGCUGUAGCAGUUUAUUGAUGUGCAUACUUCUGUGUAUGAUUAUAUGGCAUAACAAUAGUCCUUUGUUGAGCAUAUUGUGCAUGUAUUCUUAGUACAUAUAUUGUUUUCAUGGUGCACAUAUUUGAUCCUACUGUUUCCUGUUUGUUGUUAUUUUCUAGUUAGUAUAUAUUGUGCAUCUCCACUUUCACUUUAUCAUAACUUUCCCAUUUAAUUACAAGAUGCACAUUGGAAAAAUUGUUAGAGUUAUGUCCACUCUCAGUUAACCGCAGUGUAUGUACCGCAACCUGAUUAGUACAUACUUUUAUUAUUUGUCCGGUUUCAACAUAUUUAAAUGUAUACCUGCUAUUUCUUUUUAAGGAUUUUGUGUCACAAGAGCAACCAUAUUUUUGGCUGCCAGGUGAUAAUGCAGGUGUAGAUAUACUCAUUUAUAUAUUAUCAUUUGUAGACCAUAGGUGAAAAUUGUCAACUACGGGCUUGUGUGCACUGUAAACUUCUUGAAUCUUU